AUGGCACCCCGUGACCCACUCCGAUCCAUGGAAGACAUCGCAGAUGGGGCUCGCUGGGUGCUUAAUUACAUCGAGAACAAUGGCACAGAGGACCGAUAUGUCACUGGAUAUAUCCGUGCUGUUCGCCAGUACGCGCUCAACGCCCAACGGGGCGAUAGCCAGGGGAUGACCAAGGUGCUCGAGGCACUGACCAAGAUCAAUGCCGACACCGAACGUCUGAACCGGCGAAUGGACACCAUCGAAAAGACAACUGGCACUUUAUCGACAACCUUGUCUUCCUCUGCGGCAGAUUCCGCGGCAGCGUGGCGCGAUUUCCGAGCUAGAUACUGGCAGCGCGGCUGGCUAAGGCUGCGGCACCGAACACCCGCAGUAACGGCACGGGUACCUGAAGUCGAGCUACGUGAGGACCGAGAAGUGAUAGUCAAGGUGGGACCCAAUCGCGAACAGAUCCAUGGGCUUUCACCGAAGGAAUUGGUUGAACGUGUGGAAAGACAGAGAGCCAUAAUUGCCCGACAGAAGAACUCCAUGGCCCUAACGGGGAGCGCUAGUUUCGUCGCAGCUAGGAAACUGCCCUCAGGAGACGUGGUUAUGGUGGCAAACAAUGCCGCAGGAGCCGAACUACUCCGCAAGCAUUCCGGAUGGUUGAAAGCAUUUGGGCCGGGAGCGGUUGUACAGGAGCCAUCCUGGUGUUUGGGCAUGACGUUUAGCGGGGUCACGGGGAAUCUUCACUAG